AUGAAACAUCGAACUUUGACUCCAUAUUAUAACACUGUAAUUAAUAACACCAUAGAAUUCUGUGGAUUCUUAAAUGAAACAGAUAAGAACGCUCUUUCUAAAUGGUUGUUUGCAAGUAUUUUCAAAACAAUUGGGAAAAGAAAUUUACAUCCUUGUCCUUAUUCUGGUCCAAUCAGAAUUGUUAACAUGACAGUGGAAAAUGAAAUGUCGGCGCAGUUCCUCAAAGGACAAUAUAAAAUAUUAUUUACAAUGUUUGAUGAGAUAGAUGAUAACAUAAUUACGAUAAUUCACGAAACUGAACUUAAAUAA